CCAAGGGCUCACGCUAUAGGUGCUCACGACAACGCUUCGCGCUGCGGCGACCUGCCGACGUGCCGCUGCUGGCGCUGCAGUGAUCUAGCUGCUAUGGGCGUUCCCGGCCUCUCCGAGUGGCUCAAGCGCCACCACGAGAACUGCUUCGUCGCUACGCCACGCAGCGCCGACCACAUCUACGUCGACAUCAACAGCAUGCUGCACGGCGUAGUGCGGCACAACGCCACCGAGGCGGCGGCGCUCGCAGACCUCGAAAGGCAACUCAACGAAAUGGCACGCUUGCGGACGCCGCGCAUUUCUCUCACUCUCGCCGUCGACGGACCGGCGCCGCUCGCCAAGCUCAAGGAGCAGCGUGAGCGCCGCGUCAAGCACAGCAUCAAGGAGGAGCGCAGCGCCAGCACCCACCAGAAUCGCCUGUCGACGCUGUGUGUGACGGUGGGCACCACGUUCAUGCGCGACGUGGACGCGACGCUGCGCCGGUGGGCGCGGGCGAGCGGCUGGCUGCGCGCGCGCAUCGUCGUCGACCCGUCCUCCCACGACGGCGAGGGCGAGGUGAAGCUCUUCCGCCACCUCCGGCUCACCAACAGCGGCAGCGCUGCCGAGAGCCAUCUGGUGCUGGGCGGCGAUGCCGACCUCGCGCUGCUCGCACUCGCGUCGCCCGCGCACCGCGUGCUCUGCUGCGAUCCUCAAAAGGAGGGCGGCAGGCGCAGCCUAUCAAUCGAGAGCUUCCGUGGCGCCAUUAGCCGCGCCGCCGGCCUGCCGCCGCAGCCCUCGUUACCGCCGCCAGCGGGCGUGUCACUCGAUAUGGUGCUGCUCGCUCUGCUCGGCGGCGAUGACUACCUGCCUAGACUCAAAGGCUACAAGCUGCAGCAGGCUGUCGAAGCCUACUCCGCUUCGUCGGAGCCGACGGCAGCGCUGCACCUCGACCUGCGCGAGCUCGGUUUGCUGCUGCGCGAGAUUACUCACGACGGCGGGCAAGACGCGGAGGCGGAGGCGGCGCCAGCAACGGGCGACGCGCAAUCGGAGGAGACGGUGGGCCACUACCUUAGCGGCCUCCUCUGGGUGCUCACGAUGUACGCCGAGGCUCGCUGUCCGGACUAUUCGUUCGUCCGCCUCGCUCUGCCGCCGCUGCGCCGCCUCUUUGCCGCCGAUGGCGAGCUGGGACGCAACAAGAAGGUCAAGCUCGAGGAGAAGCAAGCAGACUCCGAAGUCUGCUCGCAAGAGGGCGGCUACAGCCAAGAGACGGCGGCGAGCCAGGAGACGGUGGUCGAGGAGGCUGAGGCGGUGGAGGCGCCGAGCGGCAUCAACUACAAGGGCGCGCUGAACGAGGCGGCGAUGGUGCGUGGCUUGACCAUCAGCUACGCGAGCGUAGCGGUCGGCGAGCAGUCCUUCCGCUCGACCGUCACGCUGCAGCCGCUGGGCAGGAGCUUCGUCGGGUGCGUGACGGCAGGGAAAAAGGGGACCGAGCAGUCGGCGGCGCAGCAGGCGGUCGCCUUCCUGGAGGCGGAGCAGCAAGCCGCACCAUGCAGCGACAAAACGCCCACACAGAUCGAGAUUGCCACCGUCCAAGCCCGCUAUGAGGAGCAUAGGGCGGAGGCUCAUGCGCCGAUCGCGCCCACCGUGCGGCGUGCUGCGGUAGCGGAGGCUGUGGGACGCGUGAUGGCGGCGUGCGAAGGGCCCAACGCGACCGAGUGGCUGACGGCGGCCGAGCGAGAAUGCUUCAAGCCGAGCGGGCCGAGCACAUUCGACCACCGCGUCGCCGGGCCGCUGCCGCCAGCCGCCGUCCAGCAGCACCCGCAUGCUUCGGCGCUCGGCCACGCUCCUCCACGCAUGUGGGACCAGCCGCCGAUGCCGAUGCCGCCGCAGGCGCCGUUCGGCUUUGCGCAUGCGCCGCCGUUCGGGCCGCACUACUGAGUACGUGAUCUUACGUGGAUGUUGUCUGUUGAUGUGUUUGUGAUUUGUGCAAGACGAAGACGUACACCUACACGGC